CCUUUUUUUUUGCCGUCAUCGUUUUGAGAAGUCGUGAUAGAAAAUUUGUCACUGUUUUUCCAAGCGCGCAAAUUAAAGGUACUGGCGCCCGAGAAACUUGUUUGUUUUGAUUUAUUUAAAAUAUUCACAAACAUUCAAAAAGAGACGCGCAGGAGCCACAGCCAACGGUCGACAGUUAGAUAAACAGCAGAUUAGAGACGCAGAUACGGAUCGUCAUAAUAAUAAGAGUCGUAAUGGUGCUGAGUGAGAGCGACGCGGGGAAGAGUCUGACUGCGGCGGCGGCCAAAGGAGACACGGCGGAGGUGCGCAGGCUGCUGGAGGACAGGCGAGUUCACCCUGAUACCAGGAAUGAAUUCGGCAAAACAGCCUUACAGGUCAUGAUGAUGGGUAACCCCAACGUUGCUUGCUUGCUGCUGGAGAACGGUGCUGACCCGAACAUCCAGGACCGCUUUGGGAUCACGCCGGUCCACGACGCUGCCCGGACAGGCUUCUUGGACACAUUGUGUGUUCUGGUUGAUUAUGGUGCCUCAGUCAACAUUCCCGAUCAGUCUGGUGCUCUGCCCAUUCACAUCGCCAUCCGAGAGGGCUACAGAGACGUGGUGGAGUUCCUGGCACCGCGUUCAAACCUGGGCCACCAGGACACGCGAGGGGACACGGCGUUAGACAUCGCAGAAGCCUCAUGCACACCAGACAUGGUGGAGCUGCUGAAACGGCAGCUGGAAUCUUCACUGGCGUUCCAAUCAUAGAAAAUUUAGGUUUAAGUGUGAAUUAUAAGCCACUCUAAAGGGCUAGUAGCCCACAAAAAACUUAUUUCUCAUGUACAGAACUAGGUUACAUUACUACAGUACUAUGUUUAUUUUAGUUUAUUUUGUCGUUCAGUUAGACUGUUAAUACUAGAUGAAGAAUGUAGCAGCAGUUUUGCACAGAGCAAAAAACUGUCAUCGGAAACGAGCACCACGUUCUGUUUACCGUUGAUUUGAGAAUUUGCCAUGCACAAUUGUAGACCAGCUCUUUUUUUCAUCCUUUUAUAACCGAAGUUACAUUUACUGCACGGGUCUGUGUAGAAAACUUGAAUUGUUAACCAAUUUUUAAAAAAAGAAAUCUCAUGAAAUUUCUGUUGCCUCUUCUCACCUAGUGAGACUAUGCAGCAUGCACUGAUGAACUUGCAUGAUCAUUUGCUUAGUUUGUAUUUGUUUGUGUGUCUAUUACAAUUUAGUGUUUUUUUUUAUGUGUACAUAGCAUUUUAUGAAAAUAUCAACUUAUUUAUUGACAGAUUGUAAAUAGAUUUAUGUUUAAUGUGGGAUUUCUGAUGUUAUUUAUGAAGGUACUUAUCCAUUCCCCUCUGCCCUGACCCUAAACUGUACUGAUGUAAUGGUAUUGUUAUUACAUUAAUUCUUUGAAACACAAUUAAAUUUUUAAACCUAAAA